GGAGAGAAGUUUCGAGAAACACAGGUCAAGAUGACGCAAGUCCAAAAAAACUUCGAUGAACAUUCUCCAUUCGCUUCCCUUCCUAGUCUUUCUUUAGACGACGUUGAGAGCAUUUUCGACAGUAUUACUGAGGAAGGAGGUGGAGCCUUAUAUGGAUAUGGGCAUCGAGAGGAUGGCGCUGGAGAUGGGUACGGAGAAGUGCGUACAGGAGGACAUGGAAGAGUAUCUGGAAGUGGAUAUGAAAGUGAAUUAUACGGACGUGUGUCUGGAGGAGGAGGAGGAGAAACGAGCGGCAGCAGAGGAGAGGCCGGUGAGUUUGUGAGAGUCAGCGGGGAAUCCACGGGAGUCAACGAAGGCCAAUUACCAGAGGCCAGAACCCGGGUGAUACAAACUCCCACACAUUCCUUCGGUCAUCCCACCCAAUACCAAGAGGAGUGGCAGGUAUUAGCCAAUCCCACUGAAGAGAAUGAAGGGGAAGAAGAGGAAGAGGAGGGAAUAGCGAGGAGGAGUGGGAGUGCGCGGCGAAAGGAGCGUCUGGUGCAUCAGCUUCCCAUAAGGAAUUCACUCGGAGGAGAUUUUGGCUUCAAAGUGUCCUUCGCAAAUGAAGGGAAAGUCAAGAGUUGGCAACACCGCGACGGCGCCCAGCAUCUCUUCACCACUGCAGGACACUGGAUCACGGUCGAGAUUGAACACUCUGCCCCUUCCAGCGCCUCCGUCAGGUUCCUGGUGGUGUUUACGGAUCACUCCCACUCGACCACGCCCAUCCACCUCUGCCUGAAACACAAGGGGCAGCAGCUUGAGCACGACCACAUACUGAUGGUGCGGGGAUCCUCCAUACCCAUCCUGGCGACGGAGCCCCACCUCUCCUGCCGGGUGACCCCGUGGGAGCUUGACCGGGAGGCUUACCGGGCACAGCUUUCCUUCCUCUGCUUCAACUCCUGCUUCGAAAAGAAGAAAAUGACCCUCAUCACCCAGCUGGAGUUUGACGGGCGUGUGGUGGGGCGGCGGUCCUUCUCCCUCUCGGUCACCGCCAACCCCGGCCGCGCGUUCAGGGAUGGGAAGAAGAAGGAGCUCCAGAGCCUCGGCGCUGAGCAGGACGCCGCGAAGGCCGCCUUUCGGAGCUACCUGCAUAGGACGCGAGAUUUGGCCUUGCUGCCCAUGGUCAGCGAGCGUUUCCAGAGCCUCCAUCCUGAGGAGUACGCAGCCGUGGUGGAGGAUUUUCUCUCUCUGAUGAAUCGGGGGGCACUGAAAAGGGGGAAUUUAAAGGUUAAAAAUGGGAAAACUGAUAGGAAUAGAAAAGAUCAAUCAGAAUAGGGGGAAAAGAAAAGGCAGAGGAUAAUUUUUUAUAUAAGAUUUUUCCAAACUACGAUAAUUCGACUUUUCUUCCAGGAGAUAUAUUAGUUUCAUGGACCUAUAAGGAUUCGAGCGGACUCCACACAAUAAAUAUGGCCAAGACAAGACGCAGAUGCAAAACAUAGAGGUGAACCAUGACAUCAAAGUGUUGAAAAUAUCUUGCGACAAAGCAAAAAAAAGAAGUCACGAGUGCGAAGACAAGAAGCAGUUCUAAGUGAUCGCACUAUAGAUCAUAACGUACCAGUCUGGGAACAAGAAAAGAACUCGGGUGGCAGGUAGAAAAAGUUUAAAGGGAUAAAUACAGUCUUGGAAAUUUGCUGGGACAGUGACUUUCCAAUUAGUGAAAUAUAUUAUAUUAUACACAUGAUAAUUGUGAUGAUUUAGUGCCUUAUCUUGAUGGAAAACAGUGGAAUGUGCUAUGGAUAAUGGUGAUUAAGAUUAGCUAUUAUUUCUAGAUUUAUGUGUGACUCCAUAACAAAUUUGAUUUUUAAGUGUAAGGAUAUAUUAAUCUAAGAAAGUAAGGAAUUAAUUAUUUACUUUUAAUAUAUCUCAGCUCUACGGAAGUGUGAUUUAAUAGUGAUGAAGAUUAUUAAUUUCCAGUGGAGCGUAAGAAUAAUUUUGUUUGCUUAAUGUAUGUAUUAGUUAAGCAUUUUCUAGAAUAGGUUUUUUGCUUGAUUUAGUCACUGUUUAAUGAUAUUAAUUUAGUAUUAUAAUUGUUUGAUUAAGUAUAAUUGCUAAUUGCUUGGUGUUAAUAUUCUAAUUGCCUGGUUUAAGUAACUCAUCUUAAUGAGAUAUAAUUUCGCUAUUUUAAUGCACUUUAUUUACUAAAGAGCCGAAACAAUUAUUUUUAUGAUUUCAGUAAAAUAAUGUGAAAAUGAAAUGUGAAAAAGGAAUUCUUUUACUUAUUGUUUAUAGUUAUUAUAAAUAUUGAUAUUGCCUGUGCUAAUUUCAUGAUUAAUAACAGCCUGCUUAAGUUGAAAAUGAUAUUGUUGUUUGCAUGUUAGCAUUUAGAGUAAAGUGACAAGCUACUUGUUAAAAUUACUAGAUGGAUAUUCAAGGUGGUAAAGUUAUUGUCUUGGAUUAUAAGGAACACAGCUGUUUAUGCACUAUUUUCUCUCUCUCUGGUUGCCCUAUCCGAUACGGGCGUUGGUAACCAUGGAUCUCCACGAAGCUCUAUCCUUAGUAGGCAGCAGCAACUCGAUUUUACCUAAAUUAAGACACUUGCUUAGGCUACUGAUGCAAGUUAAUCUUGGGUCUUCCUCUACUGAGCUUUCCUUCAAGUUUUCCUGUUUGUACCACAUUUUCUCGCGUAUCUCUUUGCCCAUGUCCCAAAAAAACUCAACUGUCUCUGUUUGAUGGUUAUCAUUAUACUUCUUUCUGCUUUUGCUCAUUUCAAGGCUUCUUCGUUUGCUACAUGUUCUGUCCAGGUUAUUCUUAACAUUCUCCUGUAGAACCCUAUCUCCGUAGACUUUAAUUUAUUUUCCAUUGUUAGCGAAAUAGUCCAGCAUUCACUUCCAUAGAGAAGGAUAGAAUGCAUGCUCCUUUUCCUAUCUUUCCUAGUUUUUGAAAGGAAUUCUUUGCCAUGGAAAUUCUUCUCAUUAUCUCUGUGUCACAUUUGCCAUCCGAUGUUAUCCUGCUUCCUAAAUAAUUAAACUUUUCCACUUGUUUUAUUCUGUCUUGUCCCACCUGAACUUCGCACUUUGGCGUUUCUUUUCCUUUUCUAAUCACCAUGCAUUCUGUUUUCUUAACAUUUAUUGUCAAACCUCUUUUUCGCUUUCUCUUGUAUUAUUGGCAUAUCAAUUUAUGUGAUUGGCUUUGCAAUUUAACUAUAUAAUAUCUUUUGAUUAAUAAAUAUUAUUUUUAAAGGGUUGUUAGCUUUUCUUCAUGUUUAUCUUAACUAAUUGAUAUAAAUUUGAUGAGUUAAAUCUGUGAGAUAAAUAUGGCAAAUAUUCGUUCAGUCUGACUGUUUGUUUAGAUCUUUCCUUCCUCACUUUCUUGUUUUGUUGUGUUUUAUUUCUUAUAUGUGUCUUCUUUUCUUGAAGGUAUGUUAUUGAAGGCUGUUGUAUUUAUUUCAAAGUAGGUUGAUGCACUAGAGUUUUACGGUUAAGAUAUUGUUGUAAAGGAACAGUCUAUCUGUUCUGAAAUUUAGACUUGAAUCCAAAAAGAAAUACUAAGAAUUGUAUUCAAAGAAUGUGACAUACUAAACCCUUUUUAGCAGUAAAUUUAUCUAUGUGUGACUGAUUAGAACAAUUUUGUGCUACAACUCAAGCAAGAAGCCAAUAUUUAUAGCCCCAAUAGUAUAUCAGUCUAGGAAUAUAAGUGCCCAACAUUAAUGAUUUAUCCAAACAUUGGGUAUAUACCUUGGAGUUGAUAAAGAGAUGCAAUAAAGACCCAUUUUUUUCGCCUUUA